AUGUCCCAGCCCAUCGAACAUGCCUACGAGGAGGAGCCGCCGGCGUUACCCUUCAGAACAGGAGGCCGGCUAUCCCGGACGCAAGAACACGUGAUAUUCUACUUCAUGGGCAUCUCUUCGUUGGGCCUGGAGAUCGCGGCGGCAUGUUUAGGAUCCCUCUAUGGAGCACAGAGCCAUUACUUCAUUGCGACUGUCACGCCGUUUCUGGCAUUACAUUGGAUGGCUUUCUUCCAGAACAGCUGGCUGAUGGCGACCGCUGAACGCAGCGCCAUUGCAGAUCGGAUUGAUUAUCUGAAUCUCGCAUGCCGAUUUGAGCGCCUUUGUGUUCCCACUGCCAUCACCGGCAUGGUAACCUGGGCGGUUGCGUAUCGGUUUUGCUUCAAAGCUUCGAGCCAAGCGUAUUGGAUCAUCUGGCUCGUGGUAUGGAUUGUUGACACAGUUGCCUGCAUCAUGAAUGUAUACAACAACAUCAGCUGGGAGAGCGACUUGCUGUACCAAAUUGCUCCCCACUACCCACAGGGGAAUUUCUGGCUGGGCGUCCUGGGCAUUCGCUCCAUAUGCCGGGCCCCGUACAGCGAGGAUGAGAAAGCAGGGAUAGAAAUGCAGCGGCCAGCGAAUGGUAGCGGGUGA